UACUGCGCUUUGCAAAUGCUGUUGCCUGCGGGCUGAUUUUCUAAAAGUAGAUUUCCCUCCGAUUUGCGCCCCUUGACGUACAGGCUAGGCGAAUACAUUAUUUCAGUAUGCACAAAAUCCUCAAACUGUCAAAUGUAAAAUUUCGAACAGAUUUAAGAAAUGUUCCAUAUCUAUGCCAACCUCAACUGCGGACUAUCAGCAGAACUCCGAAAAAAUAUGCAGAAGAUGGGAACAAAGAUGCCAAUGUUUUGCGAAAAAGGUUGAAGGAGACUGCUGACACAGUCGUCAUAGGAGGAGGUUGUGUGGGGGUUAGCCUGGCUUAUCACUUGGCCAAAGCGGGUCAGAAAGACGUGGUGCUUCUGGAGAAGACGGAGCUAACCGCUGGGUCAACCUGGCAUGCUGCUGGACUGACCACAUACUAUCAUCCAGGCAUUAAUCUGAAGAAAGUUCACUAUGACAGCAUAAAGCUGUAUGAAAAGCUGGAGGCAGAGACUGGGCAGGCUGUGGGGUUCCAUCAACCAGGCAGCAUCAGGAUUGCUUCCAGUCCAGUGCGGGUGGAUGAAAUAAAAUACCAAAUGACCCGCACACACUGGCACCCCACUCCCCAGUACCUCAUUGGACCUGAGAAGAUCCAAGAACUCUUCCCUUUGCUCAAUAUGGACAAGGUAUUGGCAGGGCUGUACACCACUGGGGAUGGACACAUUGAUCCUUACUCUCUGACAAUGGCCCUUGCUGCUGGUGCCCGCAUGUAUGGUGCCCAAAUCUACAACCCAGCCCCUGUUACUGGCCUCACUCCUUUGGAAAAUGGGAAGUGGGAUGUCAAGACCCCUCAUGGAAUCAUAAGAGCUAACCGAAUUGUCAAUGCCUCAGGCUUCUGGGCUCGUGAGUUGGGUGAGAUGAUUGGUUUUGAGCACCCUACCAUACCUGUCCAUCACCAGUAUGUUGUCACAGCAACAGUGCCUGAGGUUAAGGCUUUGAAGACAGAGUUACCAGUUAUCCGUGACUUGGAAGGGUCAUACUACCUGCGACAAGAAAGGGAUGGGCUACUUUUUGGCCCUUAUGAGCAAGAGGAAAAGAUGAAGUUGCAAGACUCCUGGGUGAGGGAUGGAGUACCACCAGGUUUUGGCAAGGAGCUGUUUGAGUCAGACCUGGACAGAAUCAUGGAGCAUGUCGAGAUGGCCAUGGAGAUGGUCCCAGUGCUUAAGAAUGCUGACAUCAUAAAUAUUGUGUCUGGCCCUAUCACGUACACACCAGACCUAUCGCCCAUGGUUGGUCCACACCAGGGGGCUCGCAACUACUGGACAGCUAUUGGAUUUGGGUAUGGAGUCAUUCAUGCAGGAGGAAUUGGGAAGUUCCUAAGUGAUUGGAUCGUGGCUGGAGAACCUCCAUAUGACCUUAUUGAGUGUGAUCCUAACCGCUAUGGAAAAUGGAGUACUGUGUCAUAUUUGUGUGAUAAAGCCCGGGAAUCAUAUGGCUUCAACAACGUAGUGGGUUACCCUAAAGAAGAGCGUUUUGCUGGUCGACCAACAAAGAGAGUGAGUGGAGUUUAUGACUUGUUGAAGGACCAGGCCUCCAUGGGGUUCCAUGCUGGCUGGGAACAGCCCCACUAUUUCUACAAACCUGGAGACCAAAAAGGAUACCACCCCAGCUUCCGCAGAACCAACUGGUUUGGGCCAGUGGGACGUGAGUGUAAGCUGGUGAUGGAGAAGGUCGGAUUAAUUGAUCUGUCACCUUUUGGAAAGUUCAUUGUGAAAGGAAAGGAUUCAUUGAAACUACUUGAUCAUCUUUUUGCCAACACCAUGCCGAAGGUGGGCAUGACAAAUAUUAGCCACAUGCUGACUCCUCGGGGGAGAGUAUAUGCUGAGGUCACUAUUACUCAACUGUCACCAGGAGAAUUUCUUCUGCUCACUGGGUCAGGGUCUGAGCUGCAUGACCUCAGGUGGAUUGAACAAAAGGCAGCAGAUGGUGGUUAUGAUGUGGACAUCUCUAACAUAACAGACAGUGUGGGGGUCAUAGGAGUGGCUGGACCCUGUGCCAGAAAAGUCCUUCAAAAGCUGACAAAUGAAGACAUGAGCGACGCAGGUUUUAAGUUUUUACAUUGCAAAUCAAUGCAGCUUGCUGGGAUUACCCUCAGAGCCAUCCGGAUAUCCUACACAGGGGAGCUUGGUUGGGAGCUAUACAUAGAUAUGCAGAACAUGGCCUCUGUUUACAAAGCUAUCAUGGAUGCUGGCAAAGAGGAGGGCAUUGACAAUUUUGGGACCUAUGCCAUGAACUCCCUCAGGCUGGAGAAGGGCUUCAGAGGCUGGGGAGCUGAGAUGAACUGUGACACCAAUCCAUUUGAAGCUGGUUUGGAUUACUUCAUCAAGCUGAACAAGUCUGCAGAUUUCAUUGGCAAGCAGGCACUUCAGAAUAUCAAGGCCCAGGGCCUUCAAAGAAAAUUAGCCUAUCUUACAGUGGACACAGACGACAUUGACCCAGAGGGCAAUGAAACCAUCUGGCACAAUGGAAAGGUUGUUGGGAACACGACAUCUGGCUGCUACAGCUACACUGCCCAGCAAAGCCUUGCUUUUGGGUAUCUACCUAUUGCCCUGGCAAAUGUGGGACAGAAGGUGGAGGUUGAAUUGCUUAACAGGAAGUACCCAGCCAUGGUUGUACAGGAGCCACUGGUUCUGACAGAGCCCACCAGGACUCGCCUGCAGAAGAAAACCAAAAGCAGAGUCUAGGACCAGCAGGACCACCCUUGACCCAUCAAACCUAUUAUCUAGCUUGCACAACACCAACAUAUUCUAUAAUUACUCCUGAUCCUCGGGUUAACUUCAUAUAUAAGCCCAAAGCCGUAACUAUGUUGAUCUUCAUGUGCGAUGUAUGGAUACACUGCACAUUAAUGACAAUGAUAUGUAAAAUAUUUUGACAUCUGCUGUUGGUAUUUGUCUAGUGGUGUCUUUAUACUGUGAGAGUAAAGCUGCUAUAUUGCAUUUAAGUAAUAAAUAAAAAUACAAAAUACUUCCACUCUACGUAAAAAUAUAUUUGUAACUAAAGGGACCUUGUGACGGUGCAGUCAAACAAAUGUAAUCAAAUCAGAGUGAAAUAUUCCAAAUGUAACUCAGUGACUUAGGUGAAAGAAUGACUGGCCAAUGUACUACUCUACCACAAUGGCAAAAGGUCUGUAGAAAGUAAACGGCAAAAGAAACCGCUGGAUUUAUUUUAUUUUAUUGUGUACAUCAGUUGCACAUGAAUGAAAUGUAUAUUAAAUAAAAAAAAUACUGUUCAUGGUCACUUCAUUUCAA